AUGUGGAAGGAGAAGGCCUUUGGCACCUACAAGCUGUAUGACAUUGGAGCCAGAGGGGAUCAGGGAGCCCCCAACCAGACUCAGGCCAGCCCUGUCCUGGGGCACCUGCUGAGGGACCACUUGGAGGGAAGGAACAGCACCAACUCCACCAGGGCCCUGAAGCUUCCAGAUGGGACCAGUGCCGCCUGGUAUAUCCUCACCAUCAUUGGCAUCUACGGAGUGAUUUUUCUCUUCCGACUGGCCAGCAACGUCCUCAGAAAGAACGAUAAAUCCUUGGAAGAUAUUUAUUACUCAAAUUUGACCUCUGACCUUAAGAAGAAAGGGCUCCAGAGCAGGGCAGCCAAAUGCUCUUCACUGCCCGUUACCAACAGAGCUGUCCUGCAGCCCAACCAGGCCAGCCUGAAACAGCAGCCCCACACCGAAAUCCAAGGAAUCCCUUGA